AUGCCUCCCAAGUCCACAACAAACAUUGACAAUCAAUAUUUAAAUGAUUAUAUAAAAGAUUUAAAAAAAUGGCAAAUUGAAAUUAAAAAUAAAGAUAAAGAAAUUAAACAAUCUAAAUUAUAUAAUAAUAAUAAUAAAAAUGAUAAUAGUACGACAGAUCAGCCACAACAACAACAACAGCUAACAACAUCACCAUCAAAACCAAAAGCUGAUAAUAUAAUUGAUAAUACAAAUGAAUCAAUUAAAUAUAAAGAAAAAGGUAAUAAAUUAUUUGGACAACAAAAAUAUAAAGAAUCAAUAGAAUAUUAUACUUUAGCUAUUCAAUUAGAUUCUACCAAUGCUGUAUUAUAUGGUAAUAGAGCAAUGGCUUAUUUAAAGAUGAAAAAUUAUCAACAAUGUGAAAUUGAUUCAAGUAGAUGUUUAAAUUUAGAUCCAACUUAUACAAAAGCAUAUCAUAGACGUGGUAUAGCUAGAGUUGAAUUAAAACAUUUUGAAGAAGCAAUUCAAGAUUUUAAACAUUUAUUAAAAUCUGAUCCAUCAAAUAAAGAUAUAUUAAUUGAAUUAAAUAAAGCGACAUCUCUACUUAAAGAUCAAAAAGAAAAAGAAAAACAAAAAGAAAUUGAUGAUAAAUUAAAAAAAGAAAAAGAAGAAAAAGAAGAAAAAGAAAGAAAAGAAAAAGAAGAAAAAUCAAAAAUUAUUCAAGAAAUUAAAAAUGUUCAACAACCAACACCAAUAACACCAAUAACACCAAUAACUUCAACAAUUUCUAAAUCUUCAAAUUUAGUAGUGGAACAACAACCUCAAACUCAGCAACCUCAACAACCAAAAACAUUAACACUUCAAGAAAGAUUAAAUAGGAUGGCAAAUUUGAAAGCACCAAUACCAAAGGUUGCACCAAAGAAUUCAUUUGAAUUUGAAAAAGUUUAUUUAUCAUUUAAUAAUGAUUUAUCACAGUUAUAUCAAUACUUUAAAUUAAUUGAUCCAAAUCAAUUACCAAUUGUGUUGGGUGAUGCUUUAACACCUUCUUUAUUCUCUGAUAUAAUUUCUAUUUUAGAAAAAUAUUAUUUAUUAAUGUCAUUAAAUAUUCAAUUUAGUUCAAAAAAUGAAAAAUCAUCUUUAAAAAACAUUAUAAAUUCAUUAAAUGAUUGCAACACAAUUGAUAAAUCUAAAAUUGAUUAUUUAUUAAAUAAAUACGCCAUUUAG